GUACCUGUUCAAAGAAACAGCAAAAGGGCUUCCAAGUUUGACUACUUGAAAACUGUUCCUCCUUUGCUUGGAAGGUACAAGUCUCAAGGCUUCCGUAGCAAUGGACCCAUACACUAUCCAUUUGAAUGGCAACUUCCCUUCAGUUCUUGAUGUGCAUGUCAACAUCAGUGGUAGAAGCUCCACACUGGGAAAAAACAAAGGCAGGAAGGCCAGAUGGUCUGUGAAGCCCUCAGACAUGUCCAACAAAACUUUCAAUCCUAUUCGGAACAUUGUGGAUGGCAUGAAGGUCAAGCCAAAUCCAAACAAAACCAUGAUCUCUCUGUCAAUUGGGGACCCUACUGUGUUUGGAAACCUGCCUACAGAUCCUGAAGUUACCCAAGCAAUGAAAGAUGCCCUGGACUCAGGAAAGUAUAAUGGCUACGCACCCUCGAUUGGCUACCUAUCCAGUCGGGAGGAAGUUGCUUCUUAUUAUCAUUGUCCCGAGGCACCGCUGGAAGCCAAGGAUGUCAUUCUGACAAGUGGGUGCAGCCAGGCCAUUGAACUUUGUUUAGCUGUGUUGGCCAACCCAGGGCAAAACAUCCUAGUUCCGAGACCAGGCUUCUCUCUCUACAGGACUUUGGCUGAAUCUAUGGGAAUUGAAGUCAAGCUCUACAAUUUACUGCCAGAGAAGUCUUGGGAAAUUGACCUGAAACAACUGGAGUCUCUGGUUGAUGAAAAGACAGCUUGUAUCAUUGUAAAUAAUCCAUCAAACCCCUGUGGGUCAGUGUUCAGUAAGAGCCACCUCCAGAAAAUUCUUGCAGUGGCUGCAAGGCAGUGUGUCCCUAUCUUAGCUGAUGAGAUCUAUGGAGACAUGGUGUUUUCUGAUCCCAAAUUCGAGCCUCUGGCCACCCUCAGCAACAAUGUCCCCAUCCUGUCUUGUGGAGGGCUAGCUAAGCGCUGGCUGGUCCCUGGCUGGCGACUGGGCUGGAUCCUCAUUCAUGAUCGUAGAGACAUUUUUGGUAAUGAGAUCCGCGAUGGGCUGGUGAAGCUGAGUCAGCGUAUCUUGGGACCCUGCACCAUUGUCCAGGGGGCUCUGAAAAGCAUCCUACGCCGCACCCCUCAAGAGUUCUACCACAACACUCUUAGCUUCCUCAAGUCCAAUGCUGAUCUCUGUUAUGGGGCACUGGCUGCCAUCCCUGGACUGCGGCCAGUUCGCCCUUCUGGAGCCAUGUACCUUAUGGUUGGAAUUGAGAUGGAACAUUUUCCAGAAUUUGAGAAUGAUGUGGAGUUCACAGAACGGUUACUUGCUGAGCAGUCUGUCCACUGCCUCCCAGCAACGUGUUUUGAGUAUCCGAAUUUCUUCCGAGUGGUGAUCACAGUCCCUGAAGUGAUGAUGCUGGAAGCCUGUAGCAGAAUCCAGGAGUUCUGUGAGCAGCACUACCACUGUGCAGAAGGGAGCCAGGAGGAGUGUGACAAAUAAGUCAUUCUCUCAAGGAUGUGUCCCCUGCAGGAGGGGCUAGGCUGGGUCCUACUGCUCCUCAGGGAAUCAAUCACCUCUAUUAAGAGACGGGCCUUGAAAACACUAUGCUAAAAGGUUCUGAAUUGUUCCUGUUUUUCCCCAGUUACAUCCAUAUAUACACCCCGAAUUCCAGAUCCUCUUCUCAACUGUGCUGCUGGAAUGACAAAUGGAUUAAUUCACCUGCCCCCUUUCAACAUAACUUCCUCCACUUACUUUGCAAGCACCAAGUGAAUAAAGUUUACCAGAAAUUGUUAGACUAGAAAAUAACUCAGGUUGAGAGAAACAACAGGUUGACAGAACCUAUGUCCCUCUCCCCACACAAAUUUCCUCACACACAAGAACACAUAAUCUCUAAUCAUGUCUGAAAGCCCAACUCUUGUUUCCACUCUCACUUUAAGAACACCUCAUUUUAUGCAACAGUGGUAUAACCAAAAAAGCUGGAGACACAUGUCUUUGUCCUAUUGUAUUCUAAAUGCAUUAGGAAAAUUUGCCAGUCUGAAUAAUCUCUUAAAAAAGCCUUUUCCUUGAUUUUUUUUUGUAAUUAUUUUAUGCAAAUAAAUAUCCUUUAACUGA